CGAGAGAAGGGGCGUGGCCCUGGAGGAGGGCGUGGCUUACGAAAGAGUGGCGGAGGGGGACAGGGACAAGUGUGGCGGUGGCGGUGUGAGGCGGUGCGGUGAGGAGAUUACCGGGAGGUUAUUGAACAGUCUGAAGAGGAAGGAGGAGGGAAGGAGUUUCCACAGUUCAGUGAGAAUGCUUCUUGAUGGAGGGGACUGACCUGUUGAUAAGCAUGCGCGAGGACCCCAGUUUUCAUGUGCGCUACAGAAUGGAGGCGUCCUGUCUGGAGCUGGCCCUGGAGGGAGAACGCUUGUGUAAAGCCGGGGACUGUCGAGCCGGAGUGUCCUUCUUCGAGGCGGCGGUGCAGGUGGGCACAGAAGACCUGAAGACCCUCAGUGCCAUAUACAGUCAGCUGGGCAAUGCCUAUUUUUAUCUGCACGAAUACAACAAGGCAUUGGAGUACCAUCACCACGACCUGACACUAGCAAGGACAAUCGGUGACCGACUCGGAGAAGCCAAAGCUAGCGGGAAUCUUGGUAACACCCUAAAAGUUUUGGGGAAUUUCGACGAGGCCGUUCUGUGUUGUGAGAGGCAUCUGGAGAUCUCUCGGGAGUUGUAUGAUAAGGUUGGGGAGGCCAGAGCACUGUAUAACCUGGGCAAUGUCUACCACUCCAAGGGUAAGAGCCUGGCAUGUACAGGGACCAGAGACCCGGGCGAGUUUCCAGAGGAGGUGAAGGUUGCCUUACAGAAGGCUGUGGAUUAUUAUGAGGCAAACUUGGUCAUUGUGACAGAGCUGGGGGACCGGGCGGCACAGGGACGCGCAUAUGGAAACCUGGGCAAUACUCACUAUUUACUUGGAAGUUUUCGGAAAGCCGUCAUGUCCCACGAGCAGCGACUAUUAAUUGCCAGGGAGUUUGGCGACAGAUCGGCAGAAAGAAGGGCGUACAGUAAUCUCGGAAAUGCCUUUAUCUUCCUGGGUGAAUUUGAGAUGGCGGCGGAGUACUACAAACGGACUCUCCAGCUGGCGCGGCAAUUGAAGGAUCGGGCUGUGGAGGCGCAGAGCUGCUAUAGCCUGGGCAACACAUACACUCUACUUCAGGACUAUGAGAAGGCCAUCGACUAUCAUCUCAAGCAUCUCGUCAUCGCUAAGGAACUCAAUGACAGGGUGGGAGAAGGUCGGGCAUGUUGGAGUCUAGGGAACGCUUACACUGCCUUAGGAAACCAUGACCAAGCUGUGCACUUUGCAGAGAGGCAUCUGGAUAUCUCAAGAGAGCUGGGGGACCGUAAUGGAGAACUGACGGCACAACUUAACCUGUCCGACCUCCAGAUGGUGCUGGGGCUGAGCUAUAGCACCAACGCUUCAAUGCUGUCGGAGGUGCCGGAUUCAGAAAGCAGCUUACUCGGUGCCCGACCACGUUUGAGCAGACGUCACAGCAUGGAGAACCUGGAACUUGUGAAGCUAACACCAGAUAAGGUGCCGAACUGGAACAGUGAGAUCCUCGUAAAGCAGAAACCUCUUCUCUCCAAGCCUUCCACUAAGCUCAUGUUUGUGAAUAGACUGAAGGGCAAGAAGCUUAAGAACGGCGCCUCCAAAGUUCUGCAGGACUCAAGUAACUCAUCUGACGCCAACCGGAAGAUGACAAACGCCCAGCGGAAACCUGCCGCCCCGGACAGUAUCGGCGACGAAGGAUUCUUCGAUCUUUUGAGUCGAUUCCAGAGCAACCGAAUGGAUGACCAAAGGUGCAGUUUGCAGGGAAGAAACUUCAUGAGCUUCAACACUGCUUCAUCUGCAACGCCUCCAAAAUCCAUGAGAAAAUCCUUAUCCACGUCUGCCGUCUCCCCACAUACUGAUGAGUUUCUGGACCUCAUAGCCAGCUCCCAGAGCCGGAGGUUGGAUGACCAGAGGGCCAGCUUCAGCAAUCUGCCUGGACUGAGGAUCGGCCAACAGAACAGUAACUCCGUCCUAGGCCAUCUGAUGGCCACCGAGAACCGCGAGCCAGAUGACGAGUUCUUUGACAUGCUGGUCAAAUGUCAGGGAUCGCGCUUAGACGACCAACGCUGCGCACCUCCUCCCCCUCCCAAGAAAGGCCCCACAGUCCCCGACGAGGACUUCUUCAGUCUCAUUCUCCGUGCACAGGCCAAGCGUAUGGACGAACAGAGGGUGACGCUAUCCUCGCACCUAAGGAGACCGAAUACAAGCUAGGGGGGGGGGGGGCUGCCAUACUGUGCCCUUUCCUGCAAUCUACAUAGGGGUUAAAAAAAACUAAAAAAAAAAUAAUAAUAAUCAGGGUUUUGUCAUAGUACUGUAAUUUUUAUACUUCUGUAAAGUAGAACUACUUACCUUUUUUUUUUUUAAUACUUCAUGUGUGUGCGGGCACUUCCAGUAUUUCAGUUUGGCUCCAGUCAUCGGAUGAACCUCAAACACUGCCAUGGUAACUGGUGAGGACAAUGGACACGUGACGUGGGUCGGCGGGCUUCCCUUAUAUUAGAGGGGCCACCAUGACAAUGUAACUGUACAUAGUGUCUCUUAUGGCACCAAGGACCCGAAUAGAAACUGCUGGCUAAGUAGUUGUACAGUCUUUGUGCGUGUAUAUAUGUGUGUGUGUUUUAUUUUUAUUUUUUUUAUUAUUAUUAUUUUAUUUUUAUUUUUUUUGUAUUAUAAACUAUGCCUUUUCAAAAAAGGGGGUUUAGAUCAUUGAGGCGAAGGUCUGGAACAUCUAGCGUUCUGCCACCAGUGGUCUCCAAACUGUGGCCCUCCAGCUGUUGCAAAACUACAACUCCCAGCAUGCCCGGACAGCCAACGGCUGUCCGGGCAUGCUGGGAGUUGUAGUUUUGCCGCAGUCUGGAGGCCACUGUGGACUAGACCAUUGCACUUGUUGGUAAAUCUAGACCGUAAUCUAAAGCACUAAAAGAUUGUCAUGUAAAUAUUCUUUUUCUGGCAUUAACUGGUAGUUUUUAAACUUUUUUUUCUUUUGGCUUGAAACCUGCUGGGCUGUGCUCGGUAGGCGCCCCCAUGUGGCAAGAGUAUGGUACUGACAUGGGGACAUUGAACAUGGUAAAGAAGAAAAAAAAAAAAAAGUGUUCUGAUUAAGCUUCACUAUUGAGUUACAGCUGCAGUCCACAGGUAUUACAAUUUAGAGAUGAGCGAACUUACAGUAAAUUCGAUUCGUC